AUGGAGUCCUCCCCUGGUAAUUUAGAGGCCAAUCGGCCCGACAGUGGCAGCAAGAAGCCCCUCCCCGGAAAGCUGAACGCGUGGGUGGAUGGCAAGCUGCCCGAGGCCGUGGAUGAUGGAGACCAGCAGAUCAUCGAGGCUGGAGAAGCCAAGUACCACCGUCUCGGGUGGAAGGGGCUCACUAUCAUGCUGAUUGUGGAGGCCAUUGGCUUAGGAGCGCUAUCGAUUCCUUCCGCGUUCGCUGCCCUCGGCAUGGUGGCCGGUGUUAUCUGCUGCGUGGGCAUAGGCUUGAUUGCGAUAUACACCUCGUACGUGAUUGGACAGGUCAAGCUCGCCUUUCCGGCUGUCCGCGAUUAUGGCGAUGCGGGGGCCUUGCUGAUGGGGUCUUGGGGGCGUGAGCUCUUCACCUUCAUGUUGAUCCUGCAGCUGAUCUUCCUGACUGGCUCCAACUGCUUGACCGGUACUAUCGCCCUGCGUCAUAUCACUGAUAGCGGAAUUUGCUCCGUCGUCUGGAGUGUUGUUUCCGCGGUCAUUCUUCUCUUGCUGUCGAUCCCGUCCUCUUUUGCUGAUAUGGCCUGGCUCGGCUAUGUGGACUUUAUCUCCAUUGUGGCUGCCAUUGGUAUCACUAUUAUCGCUACUGGCGUCCGGAGCACUGAUGCCCCGGGCGGUCUCUCUGCAGUAGACUGGUCCGCUUUGCCUCAGGGUGAUCCCAGCUUCUCGGAUGGAUUCAUCGCUAUUAGCAAUAUCGUCUUUGCGUACACCUUUGCCAGCUGUCUCUUUUCGUUCAUGGACGAGAUGCACACGCCUAAGGAUUUCACCAAAUCGAUUUGGUCUCUCGGUAUCCUCCAGAUCGUGAUCUACACCAUCACGGGAGCCACGAUCUACGCCUUUGUCGGCCUCGAUGUCCAAUCGCCCGCACUGCUGUCGGCCGGAAACAUCGUGAGCAAGAUCGCUUUUGGCAUCGCCCUGCCAGUUAUCUUCAUCUCCGGGGCUAUUUGCACCAUUGUUGCCGGUCGAUUGAUCCACGGCCGGAUCUACGCCAACAGCGUGACUCGUUAUAUCAACACGCCCAAGGGGUGGAUCACCUGGUUGACUGUGAUCACGGUCCUAACGGUUAUCUCUUGGGUUAUUGCCGAGGCCAUUCCAUUCUUCGACGAUCUCCUUUCUAUCACGUCCGCAUUAUUCACCUCCGGGUUCUCCUUCUACCUUCCCCCAGUCCUGUGGUAUGUCCUCAUCCGCAAGGGGCCGUGGUAUUCCCGGGAGAACCUAUUAACCAGCCUGGUGAAUCUAUUCUGCUUCAUCUUUGGUCUGAUUGUCCUAGUGGGUGGACUUUAUUCCAGUAUUGAGGAUAUUAAAAACAACUACGCCGACGGCGACGUCCACAGUCCUUUCACCUGCGGUGAUGUUUCUUAA